AUGGCUAUUACAUCUAAAGUGGAAGCAUUGAGGCUUUCUAUUCCUCUGUCAACUGCCAGAUGUGACAACUUGAAGCAAGGACGCCUCCACCAACGUCAAUUAUAUGGCCGUGAGACUGAUGAACUGUCUCGCCUGGAAACACAUGCCAGCGUCCAUACUAGCAAGAAGCCAUUUCAGUGCCCUUCAUGCUCUCUGAGUUUCUCACAACAGGCCCACCUAAAAGAGCACCUGCACUCCCACAUAGGCCAGGAGCCAUAUCAGUGUCCUUCAUGCUCUCGGAGUUUCUCAGUAGAGAGCAGCCUUAAGAAACACCUGCGCACCCACAUACAGGAGAAGCUAUUUCAGUGCCCUUCAUGCUCUCGGAGCUUCUCAGAAAAGGGCAACCUUAAAAAACACCUGUGCGUCCACACAGGUGAGAAGCCAUAUCAGUGCCCUUCAUGUUCUCGGAGCUUCUCAGUAGAGUGCAACCUUAAGAGACACCUGCGCACCCACACACAGGAGAAGCCAUUCCAGUGCCCUUCAUGCUCUCGGAGCUUUGCAGAAAAGGGCAACCUUAAGAAACACCUGCGCGUCCACACAGGUGAGAAGCCAUAUCAGUGCCCUUCAUGCUCGAAGAACUUCUCAUCUAAGGGCAGACUUACGACGCACCUACGCACUCACACAGGUGAGAAGCCAUUUCAAUGCCCUUUAUGCCUUCAGAGCUUCUCAGAAAAGAGCAGCAUAAAAUCUCACCUGCGCACCCACACAGGCGAGAAGCCAUAUCAGUGCACUUCAUGCUUUCGGAGUUUCACGCGAAAGAACCGACUGAACGAACACCUGCGCACCCACACAGGCGAGAAGCCAUAUCAGUGCACAUCAUGCUUUCGAAGUUUCGCGCGAAAGAAACGCCUGAACGAACACGUGCGCACCCGCACAGAGGAGAAGCCAUUUCAGUACCCUUAAUGCUCUCGGAGCUUCUCAGAAAAGUG